AAGGGUUAAGGCAAAUGUCAUAGCUUGAUUAUUGUUUUGUUUAGGUUUCAACUCUCGUUUGUUUAUGUCCGAAUACUGUUUUACGUGUUUUACCCGUUUCAUUUAUCCGGAAUUAAAGCUGUGACUUUCCUCUAUAUAUCUAUAGAUACUCGAAAAUGACCUGCCCCAAGGCGGAAUACGCAUUGGACAUGGACGUGGACAAUAUGUGUCGAAUAUGCUUGUCGGAGACGGAUGCAAGCGAACGAUUGUUCCACAUAUUUUCCUCUGCGAUAGUGGACGGAUUUGUGGUGGCUAUCCCUGAUGCACUGGAAUUUUGUGUGGAUUUGAAGGUGUCGGAAUCCGAUAGAAAGCCCUGCAAGAUAUGUCAGAAGUGCAAGGGACAGCUGUUGGGAUUUUACUUGUUUAAACAAAAAUGUCAACGCACGGAUAAGGUACUUCAACAAGCUCUUGGGUCAUCAGAAAAUCCAAUUCAUUCCAUCAAAGCACCAGCAAGUGCAAAAUCCUCAAGUGAUUCUGAAGAUAACGUCAUGGUCGAAAUACUUGAAAACGGAACAAACUACGAGGAGGACGCAGCCCUCGAAGAACCCGAAUCUGACAUUGAAGAGCAAAUGCAGGAAAGCACUGAAAAUCUAUGCCAUCUGUGCGAUCAAAUAUUUCAAACCGAGGACGAUCUCAAAGAGCACACAGUAAGUCAUUGCGCAAUCGUAUCUGAUAAGGAUCAGGAAAGUUUUAUCGAAGAUGAGCAAAUGCCGGAGUAUGGAAGUGAAACGGAUGAUAAAACUGCCGUGAUUAGGAAUCUCGAACAAGAAGAAGAGCCAGUUGAGUCGGAAUACCCUGCUUCAGCAAAUCCAGAAGACGCUUGUUACUUAGUAGGCGAUACAAAAAUGGAAAGACGAAUAUCUGCCGAAUCGUUAGCAAAUGAUCAAAGUGAACAUUUUUUAGUUCCUCAUGAGGAACAUGAUGAAGACAGUCUUACAACGAUCGUGCCGGAAAACGAAGAAAUUGAUGAUACUAAUUCAACGUCUUAUGCAGAGGAGUCACAGGUUGAACUGUUGAGCUGCAAUAUCUGCAGAAAAACGAUCAAAGGCCGAUCUCAAUACUUCAAACAUUUACAAAAUCAUGACGUUAACACAAAUGUGACAGCUUUUUUAACUUAUCACAUUUGCCGAGUUUGUUCAAAAGUUUUCCUAGAGGAAUCAGAUUACUCGGAACACCUGACAGCCACAAAUCAUAGCAUUCCAGCGGAAGAAAGCCCGCCAGCAAGUAGCGACAUCACGGGGUCUUACGCUUGUGGAACAUGUUCGACGAAGUUCUCUCGGAUCGAUCAUGUCAAGCAACAUCUGUUGUCGCAUCUCCAAUCAUUCGCAUGUCCAUUUGCGGGAUGUGGAUGUGAGUAUACGUCUGCGGCCCGGCUUGGAUUACACAUAUCCGGGAAGCACAUUGAAUACGAAACGCACCAGUGUCAGCAUUGUGGUGUGAAUACGUUCGAAUCGAUGGCCGAGUUGCAGCAUCACCUGAGGAUCAAGUGCGAGGGGAAGAAGUUUCACUGCGACCAUUGCGAUAAAAAGUUCUUGUCUUCGCGAUCGCUUGCACACCAUUUGAAAUGUUUGGACAAGAAGCACCGGUGUCAAGAAUGUGGGAAAACAUUUGCUCAGUCUGGGGAGCUCAAACUGCACGAACGGAUACACAACGGCGAGCGGCCAUUCAAAUGUACGGUGUGUGGCAAAACCUACAAGACUGCUUCGCUUCGGACGGCUCAUAUGGAUUCACACAUUGAAGGCAAAACGUUCCAGUGCCAGCUAUGUGGAAAACAUCUGCAAACGCGAACUUGCUAUCGAAAUCACAUCAAACGGCACUCAGAGGAAAGAAAGCACGAAUGUGAUGUGUGUUUGAAAAAGUUUUAUACCAAGUAUAACGUGAAAGUUCACAAGCAGAAAGUGCACAAACUGAUGUAGGAGAAUGUGAAGAAUUCGUAAUUUAAAAAUUCUUUGUUGUUGAAAUAAAGGUAAUCAUCUUUCAAAACAGUUUUCGACACCAA